UUAUCAGUCCUCCACCGAACUCUGAUAUCUUUCUCUUCUCUUUGUGUUGUGUUGUGUGCUGCAAUGUUCCAUUUUCAAUUUUGAAUGUUGAGUUUCUGAGAUCUGAUGCACAAAUAACAACACUGUCAGCUGGUGGAACCCUAACUAACCCCGAUCCGAAUCGAAUCUCGUAACUGGCGAUGUCUUGUUUAGCGCUUUCUUUGCAACCCGCAAACGGAUCCGAUAUCCUUCUCCAGACCCGCGAGUGGUUCCCUCCCUCCCGAGCCCUCGGCGCCCUCUCCGCCUUCCGCCAGACCCGCCGCGCCUUCGCCGCCAACAAGAACACCGUCCCCGACGAUGCCUACGCCGCCGAAUCCAUCGGCGACGAUCCCCUCGCCGCCUCCAGUGGCCAGGUCAUCGUCGGGGUUGAGAGCCGCUACCGUGUGGUCUAUCGUUUAGUCAACGGCAUUUACGUCCUUGGCAUCACCGUCGCCGAUCACGACAACUCUGUCAACGUCUUCGAGUGUAUCCACAUCGUUAACCAGGCCGUCAGCGUCGUUGUCACCGCGUGCCGCGGCGUAGACGUGACGCCUGAGAAGCUUAGCCGGAAAUACGCCGAGAUUUACAUGGCUCUCGACAUCGUUCUCAGGGGCGUUAGCAACAUCCGCCUCGCCGCUAUGCUCGCCACCAUGCACGGUGACAGCAUCGCCAAGAUGGUGCAUUCGGCGAUGGACACCGAGAACAAGAUCCGCGGCGCCGAUAAUUGGUCUUCGGUGGAGGUGCAUUCCGUCGAGCACCAGGCAGGCAUUGAUGCUUUUGCCAAUGCUAGGUUCGAGUUGCCGCCGGAGACGCUUGAAGCCGGUGACGAAGUGGCGGCUAGCCUGGCACCCGUGGCGGCACAGAGCGCAGGGGAGCAGCAGGAGGAGCAGAAGCAGGAGGAGACUCAAGCGGAAAAGGAUCCGUUUGCAGCAAGUGAUGCCAUUAACAAGCCACAAGAGCUUGUGGGUGGGUUCAAGAAGACUAAGGAUCCUUCUGCUACUGAUUUGACGACAGCGUUGGAGGGGCUUGACGUUACCACAUUGCCACCUCCAGAGGCUACUCAAUCCACCCACAUAAAUGUGGAGGGAUUUGAAGGGAAUUAUGGUGGAGUAGAGUUUGGGAAUGAGCAGGCUUCUAUCGGAGAAGCUUUUGAAGGUUUCAAUGAUGCUUGGGGCGGUGGACUUGAUCCUUCUGAGUUUGUGGGUCCAACCAAGGCUCCAAAACCACAAGGGCUUGGUGGUGUUGAAUUGUUGCAGACCGGAAUAGAUGCCGCACCUAAAGCAACCGGGGCUGAAAGUGGUUCAGGCACUCCACUUGAGAACAUGUUGGUGAAAGAGAUGAAGGGUCCCGAGAUGUAUAUCUCAGAGGAGAUUAGUGCAGAGUUCAGGGAAUCUUUGCUUGCAAGGGUGGGAUUAAUGGGUGUUGUUUACCUUAGAACUUUACCGCCUAAAACUUCUGGUGAUAAGGAAACUGAAUUUUCAUUCCGAGUUGAAGGAACCAGUGCUGUUAAAAGAUUUGUUAUACAGAGUUCUCGUGUUAGUAGCCUUGGUAAUGGGAUGUUUCAUGUGAGAACCGCAGCCUCAGAGGAGCCUAUACCCAUUAUGAAGUAUAGUUUGUUACCCAGGUUGACGCCUUUGCCUUUGAGGGUUCGGCUUAUAAAACGGCACACUGGAAGUUUGCUUUCUGUGAUGAUACAAUAUGCUUCCAACCCUGACUUGCUGGCUCCCCUGAGUGAUGUUACAUUUAUUCUGAAACUACCCGUUGACCCAACACUGUUGAAGGUUUCACCAAAAGCUGUGUUGAACAGGUCUGAAAAAGAAGUUAAAUGGCAUGUGCCAGAGAUUCCAUUAAAGGGCUCUCCUGGCAGAUUGAGAGCAAGGAUGCCAGUAGAUUCUAGCGAAGAUGAUGAAGAAAUUGAGGUGGUUGGUUAUGUGAAAUUUUCUCAACAAGGAACUCAGUCAUUAUCUGGAGUUUCUCUGCGGCCUGCUUCGGAGGGUAAGACAGACUUCUAUGAGGUUAGUGACAGAUUUGAGAGUGGGGUUUACAUGUGCAGCUGAUUCAUAAUCAUAAAUGAUUGUUAGGGAGCUGUACUUUUUCAUUUUGUGUUCAUGCGAGUGUAUGUUUUGGUUGUGUUUAUAGCAUUUUUGGAUAAUUGAUCAUGUACCUUGAACUCUGAAAUUCUUUGUUACUAUGUGUUAUGCCUAUUA